GGUCUAGGUUGGUGGAGAGAACUGAUAACUGACUCUCCAUGUAAUGUUGAAAAGAAAACGAGGUUCACAGGGCCACGGGAAUAUAGUACAUAUAUAUUGAUAUUAUUUACACAGUAAUACAACUACACAUUACACGGUAUUUUCUCUUUCUCAGUGGAGUAGACCGAAUCGUUCGUGACUUUCCGCAGCAGGAGAAAGUAGCUCCCAUUGCCAACAAGGCAGUUGUUGCCUUGUCUACGCUGAAUAGCUGAUGCCUACAGGGAUUUUAAAGAGGAUACGUAUGUUGUCUCCGAAAUAAAUCUGGCGAAUAAGAUGGACCUGAAAUUACUUCUGAUAUCUUUGUUGUUCGGAAUUAUUUGUUACAGCAGUGCUCAACAAGAAGGGAAUGAGUGCAUCAAGGCCAAUGUCAAGUCCUGUGGCGAAUGUAUUCAAGUUGGAGCUAAAUGUGGAUGGUGCACAGACCCAGAGUUUCUGAAGCAGGGUGAGGCCACUUCAACCCGCUGUGAUGAGCUAGAGUCUCUAAGGAAGAGAGGGUGCGGUGCUGCUAAGGUAGAAAACCCCCGGGGAAGCCAGAGAGUUCUGAAGAACACCCCUGUGACCAACCGUAACAAGGGAGCAGACAAACUCAAACCAGAAGACAUCACACAGAUCCAGCCCCAGAAACUCACCCUGAGCCUCAGAUCUGGUGAACCCCAGUCUUUCAACCUGAAGUUCAAACGAGCUGAGGAUUACCCCAUUGACCUUUACUACCUGAUGGACUUGUCCUUCUCCAUGAAAGACGAUCUGGAAAAUGUAAAGAACCUGGGAACACAGUUGAUGUUGGAGAUGGCAAAGAUCACGUCCGACUUCCGAAUUGGUUUUGGGUCCUUUGUUGAGAAGACAGUGAUGCCUUAUAUCAGUACCACCCCAGCCAAGCUGCUGAAUCCCUGUACUGGUGACCAGAACUGCACCAGUCCCUUCAGCUAUAAAAACGUCCUGAAGUUGACCAGCAAUGGAAGGAAGUUUAACACUCUGGUGGGACAACAGCAGAUCUCUGGAAACCUGGACUCGCCAGAGGGAGGUUUUGAUGCAAUCAUGCAAGUGGCUGUCUGUGGUGAUGACAUUGGCUGGAGAAAUGUAACUCGUCUACUGGUGUUCUCCACUGAUGCCGGCUUCCACUUUGCUGGAGAUGGGAAACUGGGAGGAAUUGUUCUGCCUAAUGAUGGGAAAUGCCACCUGGAGAACAACAUGUACACAAUGAGCCACUACUAUGACUACCCCUCGAUCGCCCACCUGGUUCAGAAACUAAGUGACAACAACAUUCAAACCAUCUUUGCAGUCACAGAGGAAUUCCAGCCUGUUUACAAGGAGUUAAAGAAUCUCAUCCCUAAGUCUGCGGUUGGCACACUCUCCGCCAACUCCAGCAAUGUUAUCAACCUCAUUAUCGAUGCCUACAAUUCUCUUUCCUCAGAGGUGAUUCUGGAGAAUAGUAAGCUACCAGAUGGAGUGACCAUCACAUACCAAUCACGCUGCAAGAACGGAGUGAUUGGGGAGGGAGAAAUGGGUAGAAAAUGCUCCAACAUCUCCAUUGGGGACGAGGUAUCCUUCACCAUUAGCAUCACGACUAAACAGUGUCCCAAGAUGGGCAAAUCAGAGACCAUCAAGAUCAAACCCCUGGGGUUCACAGAGGAGGUGGAGAUUGCUCUGAACUUCAUCUGUGAGUGUGACUGUCACAAAGAUGGAAUCAAAAACAGUGAGAUCUGCCACAACGGAAAUGGAACAUUUGAAUGUGGAGCCUGCAGGUGUAAUGACGGCCGUAUUGGUAGACAGUGUGAAUGCAGCACCAAUGAGGUGACCAGUGAAGACCUGGAUAAGAACUGCCGUAAAGACAACGGUACUGACAUCUGCAGUAACAACGGAGACUGUGUGUGUGGAACCUGUGAGUGUAAGAAGAGAGAGAACCCAGAAGAACGCUACAGCGGAAAGUUCUGCGAGUGUGACAACUUCAACUGUGACCGUUCCAAUAACAAACUCUGUGGAGGACAUGGUCGUUGUGAGUGCAGAGUGUGUAUCUGUGAUACCAACUGGACGGGUAGUGCCUGUGAUUGUUCCCUGGGUACCACCACCUGCCUGGCUUCCAACAAACAGAUAUGUAACGGUCGAGGCACCUGUGAGUGUGGCACCUGCAAAUGUACCGACCCCAAGUUCCAGGGCCCCACUUGUGAGAUUUGUCCCACCUGUCCAGGAGUCUGCACAGAACACAAGGAGUGUGUUCAAUGCAGGGCAUUUGGUACAGGGGAGAAGAAGGACACCUGUGAGAGGGACUGUAGCUACUUCAACCUGAUUAUGGUGAAGCACAGGAACGAGCUCCCUCAGCCGGGACAGGCCUUCCCCCUGAUGCACUGCAAGGAAAGGGACGCAGACGACUGCUGGUUCUACUACACCUACGCUGUGAACAACAACACAGAGAAGGAGGUGCAUGUGGUGGAAAAGCCAGACUGCCCUGAGGGCCCUGACAUCAUCCCCAUCGUGGCUGGCGUGGUGGCGGGCAUCGUGCUUAUUGGCCUGGCCCUGUUGCUUAUCUGGAAGCUGCUCAUGAUUAUCCAUGACAGGAGGGAGUUCGCCAAGUUUGAGAAGGAGAAGAUGAACGCUAAAUGGGACACGCAAGAGAACCCAAUAUACAAGAGCCCUAUUAAUAAGUUCCAGAAUCCAAACUAUGGACGUAAAGCUGCAGCUCUUUAAGGUGAGAACCCUAUCUACAAGAGUGCUGUCACAACAGUGGUGAACCCUAAAUAUGAAGGCAAAUGAUGGAGCUUCAGUUCACUGUAUGAACACUGUAUAAAAAAUCAAGUUCCAGGAGAGGAGAGGGGUGGGAGCUGGUGGGCGAGGGAUGGGGACAAGGGACAAAGGAUUCAUUUGCAUUUUGUAAUUUCGUCUACUUCUCAUUAUUAUAACUUUAUAUUUGGCCACUAUAUUUGGUAUUUUUACUAACGGUUUUUCUAUGCAUUGGCUUUAAAAGAAAAUGUACAGUUAGUUUAUAUGUAUAUACUUUAAAGCUUCCUUUCAUUUAUUGAAGAACUGUUUGAAAUGAAGGUGUUUGCCACAGGACUGGUAUUUCCUCGAAGAUACAUGUUUGUCACAAAUGGCACUGUAGUCACCUCAUAGUGCCCUUCUGCGGCUCUAGUCAAAAGUAGUGCAACAUAUAGUCCAAUGAAUAGUUUCCUAUUAGGGAUGCAUAAUUAGACACUACCUGGACACACAUAGCUCUCUUACUCUAUAGCAGUGCAGGCAGUUAUAUUAGACCAUGAGACAAGUCAGAGCAGAUUGUCGGGGAAAGAAAAUAAUUAUUAUUAAGUACAGGGCAAAUUAACAACCACUAAGCCCAAAAAGAGGUUGUAUUUGAAAAUAGACAUAAUUUCAUAAGUUGAUUACAUUGACACACAGAUCCCAUAAUGUCUCUUGAAAAUACCCAGCCUAAUAUCUACUGUGAAGGGCCAAAAGAAAUAGUUUGCUGGCUUAUUUUAGCUUGUUUUAUUCCCUCCUCCCCCAUGUAUUGACUUGCUAUUAUUGUGUUAUUGAGCUCAGAAAGGACCUGAGACUAAAGCAUAAGUUUGCAUGUUAUCCAUCAACCAGGAUCGCAAGAAUCUGGAUUAAUCAUUCAGGUUAUUUUUAAAGAUUAUCACUUAGAAAGCAUAUUUGUCAUAGAAAAUCAUUAAAUGAUUAUGGCCUGCUUGUUAUAAGGUAAAAUGUAAUGCAAGAAGAAGCGCUAAGAGCGAAUAGAUGAUACGCAUUGAUUUUUAUAUGUGAAAUAACUGCAUUUGAUGAGUACAGGUUAAGUAGAAAAAUCUAGAUUUUAGAUUUCAAUUAGGAAAAUCAAUGACAAUGAUCUCACAAGACUUAUCAACGGGCUAUUUAAAGGGAUUGAAAACCACUCCUAUUAAGGUUAUAAAGUAAUGUACAGUAAAUAACCUGAUUACACAAUCAAUUGUAUUUUAAUUUUACAAAAACUAAUGUUUAUUUUUAUGUUGUUUUGUUAAAUAACAUUUCAGUAUUGAACCUCAGGUCCUUUUCUGUGCUCAUCCCAAGCAAAUCCAAAUGUAUGCCUUCAUGACAAAGCCUUAUGUUUCAUAUUUAGCAUUGUUAAAUUAAUCUUGCAUCUACAAAUGCAAGUUAGCUUGUUUGAUAAAAAUAAAUCACAGGGCUGGGGUUACCCCGCUAUCUGUAACAGUGUUUGUGUAAAAUCAGUAUUAAAGUGAAAGGGCUCUUGGAAUUGUUUUAAAAUACUAAAAUGCUUCAAAAUACCACGCUUCUUGUUUUGAUGUGCCUUUUAUUUCAAUAUUAUGUUCAUUUUUCCCAAUGCAGUUUUUGAAUGUAUUUAUUAAAUAAAGUACAAAAAUGUCAU